AUGCUCCUCCAUCUUGGAACAAUUUUCUUCUCUCUCCUCCUCACCGUGCUCCCAGCCAUAGCUCAUGCUGGUUCCAACGACGCCUCGCUCGAUGAAGGCGGCGUGUUCAUACCAAACGUCAUCGAGCCAGUCUACAACUCCAAUAUCCUCUCAAAACGACAGAACAACAACUACUUCAAUUGCACCGCUCAAUGCACAUUAACUGACGGCGUCUACGGCGGCGCCAGUGAUGUCUGCAUCGACAUUGAACACGGUGCAACAGACGACCCCAACAGGCGAGGUGCUUCCUUAACUAUGAUACGAAGCACGGUCACUGCAGGGAGGAAUAUCAAUAUCAAUCUAGUGGACCGAAACCAAAACGGGCUGGUUGUGCUGUGGUUAGAGGACGUCACGUUAACAGCUAACGGAACGGUCAACCUAAACCUCGGAGACAAUGGUUGCCUGGCGGAUGAUUGCGAGGUGAUCGUUUAUAUGAGAAAUGUGACUGUGAGGUCUGGAGCAACUGGGCAAACUACUACUGUUGGUGAUGCUAUUUACUCUUCUCGCUUGGAUAAGGGAAAGUAG